GAACCCGAGCGCUCCUCACAUCCCACUUUUUAUCAGAAGAUUGGGCUACUAGGACAAUUUAGUGGUUAGGAAAACACAUGACAGUGAAGUGAGGCGGCUGGCGGGGACGAAGGACGGACGCGAGGAGGCAGGACUGCACGCUGCGAGAGAAUAUUGGAAGAUUCGCAGGUAUUCGGAGUUUCCAGAGGGCACUGUUACAGCUGCAUGCUGACCUGCAUGAGACAAAGUACCCAUUGUCUCCUCCUUGGUGACUGGCAUCAGGGAUUCUCUAGGCAGCAGAUCCAAAGAACAUAAAAAACCUCUAUCUUGUUACUGAAUAUUCAGAGAAACUCAAACACCUCCACAUUAUAACAGCCAGAUUAAUACUUAGCUGAGCAGAUAUGAGUGAGGAUAAACCAGCAGAGACGGUGGAAAAUUCCCCAGCGGAAGUGAACGCCAUUCCUAAUGGGAAAGGCCAUGAGGUUGGGGAGGAGGUCACACCUUUGGCCAAGACUCCACCUGCAGAAGACGGUGUAAAAGAAACUGUAGCCAAUAGUGCCCAGAAUGCUAGUCUUCACAGAACUGAAAAUGCAGAAGCCAACCAUCCAGAGAGCCAGGACUUCCUAUCAGGUGUGGACGACAAGAAGACGACACGCUUUACAGAUUUUGAAGGAAAAACCUCAUUUGGGAUGUCUGUCUUCAACCUGGGAAAUGCAAUAAUGGGAAGUGGAAUUCUAGGACUUGCAUAUGCAAUGGCCAACACAGGAGUCGUCCUGUUCCUGUCACUCCUAACAGUGGUAGCAGUCCUUUCAUCAUACUCCAUCCAUUUACUGCUGAAGUUAUCUGGUAUUGUAGGUAUUCGUGCAUAUGAGCAGCUUGGCUACAGGGCUUUUGGGACCGCGGGGAAGAUGGCGGCAGGUAUUGCCAUCACGCUACAGAACAUUGGAGCCAUGUCCAGCUACCUUUAUAUAGUUAAAUAUGAAUUUCCUCUGGUCAUCCAGGCAUUUCUGAAAGUGGACAACCCUGCAGGAGAAUGGUUCCUGAAUGGAAACUACCUGGUUAUCAUUGUUUCUGUGGCAGUGAUAUUACCUCUGGCCCUCAUGAAACAACUAGGAUACCUUGGAUACACGAGUGGCUUCUCACUGAGCUGCAUGGUUUUCUUCCUGUCUUCUGUCAUCUACAAGAAGUUCAAUACACCUUGUCCAUUUGUGGACUUUGCAUUUAACAGCACUGCCGCCGUAAUGAAUGUCAGCACCACCGACCCUGGGGGGGAGGUUGAUCCGUCCUGUAUACCCAAGAUGGCCAACCUCAACUCACAAACGGCCUACACCAUACCCAUCCUGGCCUUCGCCUUUGUGUGCCACCCUGAAGUACUCCCCAUCUACACAGAGUUGCGCAAUCCCACUAAGAAAAAGAUGCAGCAUGUGGCCAACAUCUCCAUCGCAGUUAUGUACAUCAUGUACUUCCUGGCUGCUCUUUUUGGAUACCUAACUUUCUAUGGUGAGGUGGAAGCAGAGCUGCUCCACACCUACAGCCGCAUUGACCCGUAUGACACUUUGAUUUUGUGCGUGCGUGUGGCUGUGCUCACUGCCGUCACACUUACAGUGCCAAUCGUGCUCUUUCCUGUACGAAGAGCGAUCCAACAGAUGAUGUUUCCUAACAAAACCUUCAAUUGGCCUCGUCACAUUGCCAUUGCUGUCGUUCUGCUCACUUUCAUCAACCUGCUGGUUAUCUUUGCCCCCAAUAUCCUUGGCAUCUUUGGGAUUAUUGGUGCCACGUCUGCCCCCUGUCUCAUCUUCAUCUUCCCUGCAGUCUUCUACAUUCGCAUCGUACCCAAAGAAGAGGAGCCAAUGCGCUCGGCUCCUAAAAUCCUAGCUGCCUGUUUCGCUGGGAUUGGCUUCCUGUUCAUGAUAAUGAGUCUCAGCUUUAUCAUCAUUGACUGGACAUCAGGAACCAGUAAAGCCAGCAGCGGUCACUAAGGACCUUUUUUUCUCAUCCUUUUUUUCAGGUUUUAUAUCGUUGAUUUGAAUCUGUGUUGUAAUGUUCCUGUUUUUACUUUCAAUUGCAAGUGUUUAAUAUGCCCCGUCUUUUUCAUUUGAGAAUAUUGGCCACAGGAACGAGAGUUCAAGGUGACUCUCUUCUGCAAACGCUCUCUCGCUCUUGCCAAACAGUGACUGCUGAUCCAGGCCAGUAAAGUUUCUUCGGAGAGUUUGUAGCGAAUUCACUCAGAGGCCAAGAUGAGAUUGAUUGUCACACUUGGAGGCUGUGCCUUUUGAGAAAAAAAAACUAAACUAACUGAAGAGCAACAAUGUAAGAAAGCUGCUGCCACGAUACUUCCUGUGCUAAGUAUGGGGUAUCGUCCUUUUUUUAAAUCCAAAUCUGUCAGUAAAAAUGAGAGCAACAACUUUAUCCUACAGGGUGUGCCACCUUUAGGUCCUAUACCACUUAUUUGUGCUGCUGCUGUUUAUUCUGUAUCUCGGGGGCGUCAGUCAGCAGUUUCACCUCACACUACUGUAAGCAAGGUGUAAAAAGCGUUGCAUCGUGAGCACAUUUAUCAUAAUAUUCCUGCAAGAUAUGAUCUGGGUAUAUAUAAGUACCUCUACUUGAUGAAAACCUUAGAUAACCCAGUAUAGACUCAUGGACUGAGCCUCAUUUCAUGCCAGCUGAAGCAAUUAAUAUCUAAGAGGGAGAUUUCAGUCAGGAAUAUUUGAAAUGAUGUCCAGAUAACGUGUUAUGUUUAAAAAUCCCUAUACUGUGCGAGGAUGUGUUUUUUUUCAGUAUUACUGUGUUAAUGACAGUUAUAAAUGGUACUGGAGACCUCAUUAGUUGGUUUUCAUGGAUCAAAGAGAAAACUGCAGUGCAGAAAAGAAGGUUCCUGCUCAGCGUUUCCUAAUGAAUGAGGCAUGGUGAUUUGUCCUCCGAGGAUUUGAUGCGUUGUUUCUGAUCAUUUACUGGUCGUAAUCAGAGAUAACCAAAGCAUUUAUGAAAGAGUAACAACAGGGUCACUUCCAGAGGUGGUUAGUAUCGGUGUGGUGAUUGUAAAUAUUUUUAAGUCCAGAAAAAAUAAAAACUUAAAUCCUACUAAUAAUGACAUACUUGGGAUGUAUUUAACAAUCAAUGAAUUAGAUGGUGGUUAUAUAGCACUUUUCCUUUCAUAAGCACAAUGACGAGUGUCCAUAAUGAGCUGAAAUUUAAACAAAUAUAUUCAGUAGAUGUGACUGAAGGGUAUGACCCUUUGUAUGACUAAAUCUGUGAUUGGUUACUCAACCCGUUGUACCACUUUUGUAACGUACCAAUGGUUUGUCACUCAUUAUUUGAUUCUUUUAAAGUAAAUUUUCGUAGGAGAGUCUGUGAUCAUUAGUAUACAUAUCUGGUCUCCUCCUGAUAUAGAGUAACUAAUUUAUUGGAUGUCUGUCGGAGGUUCUUAUGUGUAAGUGUUUUUUUUUUUUUUUGCUUGUUUGUUUUUCAGAAGAAAACAUAACGUCACUGUAUUUGAACUAUUGUACCUUUAUGCAUUUAUGUUGUCAAACUACAUCUAGACACUGUUUAGAAGUAUACUUGUAGAAGUGCAGUGUUUUUCUUCUACCAUUGAUAAACUAACUUCUUUUUUUAUAUUUUUUAUUUCCUGUUUGACAUUUAUCCAGGUGUAUCAGGUGACUUUGAUUCAGUGCAAGAUAAUUGUUUUGGUUUUGUUUUGUUUUUUUAUUCUCGUAUUUGUCUUCUGCAGUCUGUGGUUUUUCAACAGUGAUAUAGUUUGGUCUCGUCUGUCUUCCUUGCUGCUUCUUGGCAGACACUAAUGUACUAACUCAGAGUUGUUAGUGAGCUGGCGCACUUGCCUACAUUUCAUUAUUUUUAAUGAGAAAUUCUCUUAAACCAGACUACUAUAAGUGCUGUAUGAGUAAGUAAAUAUUGUCUGCUUGAUGCACAACAAACCUCUUUCAGUCCUUUUAUUUUUUUCUCCUCAUUGUGUCUUUAUGUUUGGAUGUCUUUAUGUAUCCAUGUGGAGAGAAAUCAUCUUAAUCAGCCACUGGAGCACAUCUCAGUGUUUGAUGUUAAAAAUGAAUAUUUACCCACACCUUCAUGUUUCUAGUUUGACCUUUUUGGCCUUUUGUAUUCAUGAUCAUGCCAUUGGGUUAAAAGAAGGUAAAAAGAAAAAAGAAACCUGGAAGGUGCACACCCAGAAAACUUCUCAAAAAAAAACCCUGUUAGAACAACAUGUGGGGAAACACUUUUAGUGGCUGAUACAGAAUGAUCUCUGAGGACCUCUACUUAGACCUCUGUGUUGUUAGUUCCUGUUUAUGUGAGUUCUGAAAGUGCGUAUCAUUGAAUAGUAACAUAUUAAAUAUUGACAUCGGCCAGCAUUUAUAAAUAAUGUAUAUAAAUGUACACCCUUUAUAUUCAUAUCUAGUUUGUAUAAUGUAAAUAGCAAUUAAAAAUAUAGUCCAAUUAAAAAUAUAAAUGUAAUCAUUUUCAAAGUGCUUUUAAACCUUGUUGUCCUUCAAUAUGUCUAUUUUCCUGUAUCUCUAUAUAUUUUAAUAUAUUGCCGACAGAUAUUGUACUGUAAACGAUAUUGCAAUAAAGAUAAUGGGGUAACAUAUGUGUGUUAGUAUGUGUGCCUGUUGUGAAAUUUAUUUAUAUUUGAUAACUACUGAUAAGUCUCUAAUGAAAA